ACAACAUAUAUAGAUGAACGUACAUAUCCUUCUCACAAGACCACCUUCAAGACGUAAUUGUCAACUGGCUAUGGACUUGCUAUCUUUAUGUGUUUUUCUUAUCCUGCUUGGGCAUGGAACAACUCUAACACCAUCAAGUCUGCUUUUGAAAUGGCUUGCAGAACGAAAUCAAACACUAACAAGUUGGUUUAGGAACUCGACUCAAGAAGGAAGUCAAACAAGUAUUUUUUGGAAAUCGCAAUCAUCAUCAGGAAAUUCAUCACAUCAAAAUGCGGAAGAAAACGGCAAGUAUAUUUUUUGUGUGAUUUCACGUGCAUCUGUUCAACAAUAGAAGUAGCACUGUUGAUCGAGUGGUCAAAGAUGCCACAUCUCCAUGUACAGAGCUACACGCUGUAACCGCCAGGACCUCCUGGUCAUGGCCCAGUUAAUGUUCCUGUUUUGUGUUCCCACAUUAAGAGGUAUCAAGCCGUGGUAAGCGGAAGUAGUCUUCAAGGCGGCGUUAUUGCAAACUCACUCACUCCUUUAUCAGUAUAUUUCAUUCUCAUCCAAAUACCAGUAGAACAUGCCAUCAUUACUGGCUUCAGGCAUUAUACUGUAUGAACUAGGAACCUGACCUCCGGAAAUAAUCAUGUGCGGUGUCACCCGUCACGUUGGUACAUGCUGGAAUGUUAGUGAUGCUUCUCUGAACAAACGACUAAUACUUCAACACAGAUUAACGUGACCAUUUCCGUGUUUAUGCGGUGGUUUCCUGACAGUGCUACAGAAUAAAUCAGUUGGAGUGUUGUCCGAAAAACAGUUGCGUCAGGCUUAUUGCGGGUGUUCAGGUGUGUAGAUAAACAGACUUUGAUAGCUCGGGUUUCAGGAUAUAAUCCCUUUUUUAAAAUUCAGUGAAGUUUCCAUCUGCACUUAUUAAAAUAUUCAUGAUUGAUUGUCGAACUUACGCUUGUCUCGAAGAAGUAAAAGCUUGGUCCCGGCGUCAUUCUUCUUUAUUCAUCAUUUUCGGUUGGUUUGAACUUCGGAUAACACGAAGUAUUUACGUAGGUCCCUUAAACUUCGACACAACGGUGUUUCACUGUAUUAUUUAAACUGUCCAUGUGGCAGUACAUUGCUUUUAUGACUUUGAUAAGGACUAACCAUACAGAAGCGUUGUUAUCUGAAGUGCAUGGAUACCAAAGUCUGUUUAUCUGCAUUUUCAUUCACUAAAUACUUCCUGAAUAUCCGUCAUAAACCUGACGUAACUGUUUUUCAGAAUUAUUCAUUCUAUAGCACUGUCAAUGUUUGGUCUUAACAUGAUUUUAACUUUCUCUGAUGUAGUCGGAAUCGUGCAAUGGAAUCUGCUUAUAGCUUUAUAUAGAGAUUUCUUAUGAUUAUGAUUCUUUUUCGCUUAUAUUUACUUUAAAUUCCUACAUAUCACUAAAUAGUUUUACCAUUGGUUGUCAGUACAAGGUUUGUGAUACCCUACGACCUGUGUUGUUCAAUAUGUGGAUUUGCCAUGAGGAAACUUUCAAAAUCACUACUGAAGACACACUCCUUGUUUCAGAACUCUGUUACCCGGAAACGUCUUCGUCCCUGAAUUACCGCACUCAGCCAGAGACGGGGUUGUGGAAGUUCUGCCUGCAGACAGUGGUUGGAACUGGUUUUACAGGAACCCUUUACGAAAAGAUCAGCGGGAAUCCUAUUGGCGACUGCGCAAACAAGUGUACCUCAUUGCCCGGAUGUAUGACCUUUGCCCUUGAUCAGUCUGGCCGAUGCCUUGGAACCAGAUGGUGCCCCGGUUACUCUGGUCUUAAUUACUCUGUGUAUCAAAUGGACAGCGUGACUGAGCGAUGUUCCCCGGCGGAGUAUCUACCAACUCCCACUUCUACCCAGAGUCCAGUUGAAAAAUAACCAACCGUAUUUACAUAGCAUAUACUUAUGCUUUAAAACCAGUUCUAAUAUCAAUACGUCUUGUUUUUAAUUUAAAACGGUAGGACUCUAAUCCGUGGCAUUUUCUCAAAUCUAGGGCAUAUUCCACAAAUAGGCCGGAUACUGGCACAUACUCAGAUCUAUGGCAGAUUAUCAUUUAAUAUUAAUACUUGGCAAUCUCUAAAGCUCUAAACGUAAAAUAGAUUCAUAUAUAGCGGCAGAUUAUAUUUUAUCGUUUCCCUUUGGAACAGCGUCGUCGGUGCGGGGAUUGCAUUUCGAUAUUUUACUUUAAAACGUUCCCCGAGGUUUCAUAGAAAUAAGUAUCUAAGAACCUUCCGCACCUUCCGCUCAUUUGCCGGAGUUGAUCAAAUCCUGACUAUUUUCGCACGUUCCCACUUCGGAUUCCAAGCCUUUACACGAGAAACUUCUUGGAUUUAAAAGAAAAUCAUUUGAAAAUGAUCCGGCAUUUAGGCAUUACGAUACUGGUUUCUAUCGCUGACGGCAUGAAUCCCCCAUAAGAAUAUAUAUGUGUGUUGUUUGUUUCCUUCACAAGAUAUACUUGUAUUUGUAUUACCUUGCUCAAUAA